AUGGCACUCAAGGAUAUUACACUGAAGUCUCUCCCUCCAUCAGCCAGGCCCACUGUGGUCAUGUUUCUCAUUCUUAUACCAGCUGCGUGCAGUGCCAUCAAGCUGAAUUGUUCUCAGCCCAACCAACCAGCCCUGCUGGAGGCUCUGACUCCAGUCUUCAACCUGAGCUCCAUACGACCCGUCAUGAACAUGACCACCUGCACCAACAUCACCACAGACUUUACCAUUAUGGAUGAAAACACAGCCCCCUUUGUCCCGUAUGUGUAUCUGUAUAGCAACGGUCUAGUGCAUGAUGCUCAACCAGUCAGAGUUGUCAGCUCCUGUAACCUCGAUAUCUACACCUUCCCCUUCGAUGUACAGAACUGCACUAUGACUUUCGGCUCCUACAUCCACUUAGCAAUGGACAUGAAGAUUUUCCUUGGGAAAACUCCAGAGUAUAUCACAGAGUACUCCAAGGAGGUGAUGACCACCAUGGGGGAGUGGGAGCUGCUGGAUAUCACCACCCACAAAUACAACCAUAGCCUUAACGAUAGUGAUUACAUUGAUGAGAUUUCAUUUCAUAUCAGAAUUAGACGCCGGGCCACCCUCUAUGUGGUGAACCUGCUGAUCCCCAGCUGCUUCCUCAUCACAGUGGACCUCUUCAGCUUCCUGCUGCCUCCCCAGACUGUGGACCGGUCCACCUUCAAGAUGACCCUCAUCCUGGGCUACACCGUCUUCCUGCUCAUCAUGAAUGACCUGCUGCCGAUUACCGGAAACACCAUACCUCUCAUAAAUGUGUUCUUCUCUGUCUGCCUGGCUCUGAUGGUGGCAAGUCUACUGGAGACUAUCCUCAUCACCAACCUGCUGUGUGGCUCUGCUGACUUCUCUCCCGUUCCUCGCUGGAUCCAAGUGCUUGUUCUGCAAAUUUUGGGCCGCCUCAUUUGCCUGCCUCAGAAGACUAAAGAACUAAGAGAUUCAGAUAUGAAACAGAACGCCGUGGUGGCACAGCAAAAAGCUGAUGACGGGUUUCGAGAGGAGCCAGCGGUGGAGAACAAGGCCCUGCAGGAGCUGAGGAGCCUGGGCAGAGACCUCCAGGCCAUCCGCCUUCAGGUGGAGCAGCAGCUGGGUGGAAGCCAGAGCUUGGAGGAGUGGAUCCAGGUGGGUUUCAUCAUAGACCGCCUGCUGUUCGGCCUCUACAUCCUCUUCAUAUCAGUCAGCUUCUUUACCAUCAUCAUUAUCUGGGUAAACUCAUACAGUUAGUAGACAACUGCUGUCUGUUUUAAUGGGCUCCAUUCA